CAGAAUAUGUAUUUUGAAUGUCCAUGUUCCUUUAGAAUGGAAUUAGAAUAAGAAGAUUAAAUUAUAAAGCAUAUAGAUUUAUGUUAACAAUUUAAUAUUGACAGUCCUUUAUGCAAUAUGUACAAAAGAGGAAAUGUUGAUGAAGUACCAAUUGAAUAAUUAGUAACUUUUUUAUGUGAUCUAAAAUUAUAAGUAGAAAGAAUAGAAAACAUUUUAAAAAGACGUAUAAAUUUAUAAAUAUAACAUAGGUGGCUUUAAAAAAUAAACUAUGUCAACUAUUUAAGAUCUAAAUUUUGAUCAUUAUGCUAAAUAUACAUCCAAUUCAAAAAUUAAAUUAAACAAUUCUGGAAUAAAAAAUAAUGGAAUUACAUUCAGAAUUUAGACAAACAAUAAUUCUGGUGAUAAAUAGCAAAAUAACAUUGAAUAAGAAAAUGUACAUUAAAAUAAUCAACUACCUCCAACACCUCCUCUUUCACCUAAUCAUUUUGAAGAUGAGAGAUAUUAAAAUAAUAAUACAGCUCAUUAACCAACUAUGUUAAUUGAAGAACAACCAAAACAAUUAACUUAAUAAGAUUAAAAAAUUGCAUGUGAAGGUUGUAGAAAACCAUUUUUUUUUAAUUAAGAUUUUGAAAGAUUAUGGUUUGUGGAAUAGUGUGGACAUGUUAUGUGUAAAUUAUGUAUUUUACGUAUGGUAUAAGAAAAAUAUAUUGAAAAUGAUGGAAGAAUUAUGUGUUAGGAAAUUGGAUGUAUUGCUAGAAUCACUUAAUUUGAAUUAAAAUAAAUACUUGGAGAUGAUAAAUUUAAUGAUUUAGAUAAAAAAUUAGCACUUAAAAAUUAAAAUAUUGUUGAAUGUAUAAAAUGUAAAUCUUAAUUUUCUUUUGAAAAAGGUAAUCCAAAUGAAUAAGUUAAAGAUUAAUAAGGUAAAAGUAUUAGUGGUGAAGCAUUAAUAAAUUAUGCUAACAAUAGAUUUAUUUGUAAAUAAUGUAAAACAGAAUAGUGUAGAUAAUGCAAUGCUUUUCCAUUUCAUAUUGGAAUGACAUGUUAAUAACAUAAAAAUAAUUAAUAAGCAAAUAAAUGUAUAUUAUGUGAUUUUCCUUGUGAUGGAAAAGUUUGUAAUUAAGAAGAUUGUCAAAAAAGAAUAUAAAGAUUAUGUCAGAAAACUUUAAAUUGUGGUCAUAACUGUAAUGGAGUUUAAGGUGAAGAAUGUUUAUGUUUACGUUGUUCUAAAUAAGAUCCUGAUGAUUAUUGUAAUAUGUGUUUUACUGAAGCUUUAAAAAGUGCUCCAUGUAUUAAAACAGAAUGUGGACAUAUAUUUCAUGAAGAAUGUAUAAUGAAAAAACUUGAUGCUAAAUGGAAUGGGCCUAGAAUUGUGUUUUAAUUUUGUACAUGUCCAUUAUGUAAAUAAUGGUUGGAUGUUAAACAUAAAGAAAUUUAAAAUAAAAUAAAUUUAGCAAAGUAAUUAAAAUUAUAAGUGGUGGAUUUAUGUAUAGAAAGAUUAGAAAUUGAAGGAUUAAAAUAAGCUAAAGAAUUAACAGAUCCUAAAAGUUAGUUUUAUUAAAAACCUUAAGAAUUUGCUAUGGAUAAAUUUUGUUUUUAUGAAUGUUUUAAAUGUAAAAAACCUUAUUUUGGAGGAAUCAAAAAUUGUUAAGCAGCUGCUGAGAAUAAUGAUAGAGCUUAAUUCAAUAAGGAAGAUUUAAUAUGUUCUAGUUGUUGUCCAAUCUCAUUUGAAGCUAAAUGCAAUAAACAUGGUAUUAAAUAUAUUGAAUUCAAAUGUCGAUUUUGUUGUUCAGUCGCUGUAUGGUUUUGUGGGUAUAAUUAAAUUUAUAUUUUUAAGAGGAACUACUCAUUACUGUGAACCAUGUCAUAGUGGGAGAAAUCCAAAUAUGAAUAAACCUUGUCCUGGUCCUGAUAAAUGUCCAUUACGUGUUAAUCAUAAACCUACUGGAUAAGAAAAUGCUUUAGGAUGUGCACUUUGUCGUUCUAAAAGAGUUGAUGAUAUACUCAAAAAAAACUGA